AUGGGGCUCCCUGAUGUCCCACUCCAACUAGCACUGGUGCUGCUCUGGACACUGGUGUGGGCACAGGGAACAGGGUCUGUGUGUCCCUCCUGUGGGAGCCCCACACUGGCACCCCAAGCAGAACGAGCUCUGGUCCUGGAGCUGGCCAAGCAGCAAAUCUUACAGGGGCUGCACCUGACCAGUCGUCCCAGAAUAAUCCAUCCUCCACCCCAGGCAGCCUUGACCAGAGCCCUUCGGAGACUACAGCCAGGAAGUGUGAGUCCAGUGAAUGGGGAGGAAGUCAUCAGCUUUGCUACCAUCACAGACUCCUCUGUUUCAACCUGCAGCUCCAUGCUCACCUUCCACCUGUCCACUUCUCGAGUCCACCACCUGUACCACGUCCGCCUCUGGCUGUAUGUACUUCCCACAUUUCCUGGCACCCUUUACUUGAGGAUCAUCCAGUGGAGUGCUAGGAGAAGGCAACAAGGAUCCCACAUCCUCCUGGCUGAGCACAAAAUGAAUACCCCAGGCUGGCACUCUCUGACUCUGCCCUCUAGUGGCUUGAGGAAUGAGGACUCAGGCAUCCUAAAACUCCAGCUGGACUGCAGAACCAUACCAGGCAAUAAUAGCACAGCUGCUAGACUACAACAGAGGUUCCUAGACAUAGCAGGUGACCAGCGGCCCUUCUUAGAACUUAAAAUCCAGGCCAAUGAACUUGGAGCAAGUCGGGUCAGGAGGAGGACGCCUACCUGUGAGCCUGAAACACCGUUAUGCUGUAGGCGAGAUCAUUAUGUAGACUUCCAAGAACUAGGAUGGCGGGACUGGAUUUUGCAGCCUGAGGGGUACCAGCUGAAUUACUGCAAUGGGCAGUGUCCCCAGCAUCUGGCUGGCAGCCCAGGCAUUGCUGCCUCCUUCCAUUCUGCUGUCUUCACACUCCUCAAGGCCAAUAACCCUUGGCCUUCGGAUACCUCCUGUUGUGUCCCCACUAUCCGAAGGCCUCUGUCUCUCCUCUACCUUGAUCAUAAUGGCAAUGUGGUCAAGACAGAUGUUCCAGAUAUGGUGGUGGAGGCCUGUGGUUGCAGCUAG